AGAGUUACGACGCUGACGACGACGACGACGACGACGCUGCUGACGGCAGCGCGGCCUCCUGCUGCAACAAGUGUGCGAUUGUAAAUUUGUAUUUAUUCGCGGUUUCGCUUCUUCCGGAGGCACGCGACUGUCGUUGGAUACUCGCGUGUAUACAUCAUAGUGGGUCUUUUUUUUCCCGAUUGUUUUUUUUUUCAUUUUUUUCUGGUGGCUCCAUCUCGGUCGGUUUGGAAAAAUUUGAUUGCCAGAAAUGCCGUUAAUCCAUUACCAGCGCCCCAAGGCAUGUGACGUCCAGGGUUAAGGGUGGGGCGCAGGCCCGUUGGAAAUUUACAUUAAAAGUUUCCUCACCGCAAUGAAUGCUGUUCUCCCGAUAAUUUGGCUCGUUGUGUUUUAUCUGGGUUUAUUUGUUAGUUUUUCCUCAGGCGGUACGUGUUGGUCCACAAUGGUAAAAAAGAAGAACGGAAGAUGCACCGAAUUGCUUCACGAGAAAAUAACGAAGGAGGAGUGUUGCGCGAGCAGCAACUCGGUGUCGACCGCCUGGUCGCCGGAGGAACACGAUCCUAGCACCUUGUUUUUCUGGAGAAUGUUGGGCGGAGGUGUCCAGUGCCAAUCGUGUAGAGAUUCUUGUACAAAUGUAGAGUGUGAGACUGAUAAAAGUUGCGUAUUAAGAAAAGGAAUUCCGAAAUGCGUGUGCUCGUCAAUAUGCAAAGACGGCAAGAAGAAACCCAAAGGGCCGCUGUGCGGUACCGACGGACGCACCUACCGGAACUGGUGCCGUAUGCGCAAGAAAUCGUGCAAACAAAAAUUGCGCAACUUGUCCGUCGCUUAUUAUGGCGUAUGCCAAAGUUCCUGUGAUAAAAUCCGAUGUGCGGACAAUAAAACUUGCCUGCUUGAUCAAAACUUGAGCCCGCACUGUGUCCACUGUGCGAAGAAGAAAUGCCCGGCCAUGACGAAGCAUCGGCAAGUGUGCGGCACCAACGGGCACACCUAUAAGAGUACCUGUCAUUUGAGAAAUGCCGCAUGCGCAGCCGGAAGGGCCGUACCGAUAGCUUAUAGGGGACCCUGCAAAGCCAACGCGACGUGUAGCAACGUCCAAUGCCACGAGCGGCAACAUUGUCUCAUCGACCAUAUGGCAACGCCGGGCGCGAGCAAACCCCGAUGCGUGACAUGCGCAUUGACUUGCAUACCGAAGUACUUAAAAGGACCAAUUUGUGGAUCGAACAACAACACUUACCCCACGUGGUGUCACAUGAUGAAGGAUUCUUGUAAUAAGGGUUACGUCAUCGAUACCAAAUAUUCGGGAAAAUGUGUAGGUGGAAUCAAUUAAGGAAUCUUGAAUGCCCUUAACGAAACCUGCUUGUAAAAAAAUCAAUUUAAACCAAAGAAGUGACGUAAGCAUGAUGAUACUCUCCACUAAUUUUAAUUAACGAUUCCAUAUAAAUGUUAACGACCCGUAGGCAAAUUUUACUUAACUAGAAUUAACUGAAUGUGUUAUAAAUAUGAUUCUAAUAUAUAAAUUAUGUGUAUGUAAUUUAAUAUUAAUUAUUUAUAUGUGUAUGUAUGUGUGUAUCAAAAAAAAAUUAUAAUAAUGAUUAAUGUAUUUAAUAAAACGUUACGACACG